UUUCCUAUGGUGCGCUGCGACCCCUCCGACGCGGAGCCUUUUGGGAAAUGAAGUCUUUUUUUCAAAGAGCUUGCCGCUCAGCUGGGUCGAGGCCCUAGCACCUUGACGGAUUCCAGGCGUCGGGAGGGACCAGAACCUAAUGUGGAGCCCAAGUCUGAGGGUGUGACCUGCCUGGUGCGGAGCCAGGCUCCCAGGAGCUCAGUGGAAUGUGCCCUACAAACUCUCGCAGUCUUCGAGCGUCUCAUCAGGGGCCACAGCCGACCUAGGGUGGGCCCGAGGUGCUCCUGACCACAGCAGAUGAAACUCAGGACGGCGCCGAGCCGGAACGUGGGGGCCCGGGGAGGCCUGGCCGCCGUACUAGGAGACACCCUGAGGAACGCGGGUUGAGGAGGGGGCUAGAGUUCAAAGCUGUCCGGGUGAGGAGAUGGCUUCUCCCUCUAGACAGCCCCCCUUGGGAGGCUCUGGGCUGCUGCAGGGCAGCCGGGCUCGUUCUUACGGAAGCCUGGUGCAGUCCGCCUGCUCCCCGGUGAGAGAGCGGCGCCUGGAGCACCGGCUGGAACCCGGAGACACCCUGGCCGGGCUGGCCCUCCGAUACGGAGUGACGAUGGAACAGAUCAAGCGUGCAAACCGCCUUUAUACUAAUGACUCCAUCUUCCUGAAGAAAACUCUCUACAUCCCCAUCCUGAGAGAGCCCAGAGACCUCUUCAAUGGUUUGGAUUCAGAGGAAGAGAAAGAUGGAGAGGAAGAGGUAGACCCACGUAAGGAUGAAGUUCAGCUACACUCAGCUGAGAGGAAGAAACAAGAGACAGGUUCAGGCCGUGCCAGUGGUGAAGCUCUCCCUAAAGCUGGCCAGGAACCCCCUACUCCCCUCCAUGACCUCUCUGCCUCUGAUUUCCUUAAGAAGCUUGAUUCACAGAUCAGCCUGUCAAAGAAGGCUGCUGCCCAAAAGCUGAGAACAGGGGAAAGCAGGAUACUUGGGGAAGAUGCAGGUCUCCAUCAGAGCUCCCCUCGGAUGCAGCAACGAGCAGUCCUAGGUCCUGUGCCACUGACCCGGACCUCUCGGACCCAGACACUGCGGGACCAGGAGGAUGAAAUCUUCAAACUCUGAUGUUCCCAGAACUGAGAGAAGCAGUAUGUUGAAGAAGCAAUGUGAGGGGGAGAGGAGCCUGAGGUGAGGCUCAAGGACAUGGCUUCCCAGCCUGACUCCCUCGACUCCUGCUGUCUUCUCCAGCCUCCCCGUAGACCAAGAAUUCCUUGGCCUGGGCAUUUUUCUGGCAGGAGUUCGAGAUGGGGCCUAGACCCCUCCCUAGUUCUUGGGCUGAAUCUAGAGUUUUCCUUUAGAUUCAAAAGGUUCUUUUUAUACCCCUGCUACCUUUCCUAUCCCUUUCACUCUUCUCUGGCCUUAGAGCAGAGAAGCAAAGACUCCCUUUCAACUUCUUCCCUAUCUCUACCUGUGUUACCUAAUUUAUUUGGUGCUAUAUUGAAGUAAUAUUUAUUUGCUGUAUCUAACUCUUUCCCACUGUUAGCUGAAAAUGUGAUUUCUAGAGCCCUGGGAUGAGGGGAACCCAGACACAAUUAAGUGGUCCAUCAGCUUCCCCACUGCUUGCCCACGCAUGUUAUCAAGGACAGGGGAAUCGUGGUCUAGUGCUGUCAUGGAGAACAGUGGGCUGUUCCAAGUCUUUUCCCCAGUCUCAAGGUGAAGGAUUUGGGUUCAGUCUGACCAACUAGUUCCCUAUACUUCUAAGAAAAAGCAGCAAUGUAGAGACCUGAAUUCUCCAUUCUUCCAGUUCACCCUUCUGACCUCUCUCUGCUCAGCCUGCAGUGGAGCUAAGGGAUAGAAGAAGCAUUGCCUUGGGGUGUGAGAAGGACAGUUGUGGGAGUCUCUUUGUUACACCCCCUCCCAACUAAAGCCUGUCUGUGUACGCCUUGCCCCUUACUGCAUAUUUAUUUGCAAUUUGUAGCACUGGUUUGCGGUA